CUUUUUCCCGAUUUUAUCCUCUCUUUUCAUGUUGCGCAUCAUGCGAUUCGGUCGCAAUUUGUGGCUGCGAUUACCGCUCCUGCAAGAAACGCACAAGUGAUUGAAUUGCAUCCUACAGUGAUUCCGCCAUCGAAUCUAAAUCCGUGCAAUUGAUAAGUUAGGAAUUCGAGAAACACAAAUGGAUUCAUCACAAAGUUCAUCUGCUGGGGGAAAUGGGACACCAAUCUCUCAAAAUAACGAUACUGCAGCAGGAGCUGGUGAUUCUAUGCAAAACCUGAAGCAGAUCAACAAGUCCAUUGAGAAAACCUUGGGCCUUAUCCAUCAGCUUACCCUUACAGUCUCUAACUUCAGUCCUGCUUUGCAAAUGCCACUCCUCCAACGCAUAAAUGGUCUUGUUGCAGAGCUUGACAAUAUGGUCAAAUUGGCAGAAAAUUGCAACAUUGAGGUUCCUAUGGAGGUUGUAAAUUUAAUUGAUGAGGGGAAGAAUCCAGAUGAGUUUACCAGAGAUGUUAUAAACAACUGUAUUGCAAAGAAUCAGAUCACCAAAGGAAAAACUGAUGCUUUCAAGAAUUUACGCAAGCAUCUAUUUGAGGAAUUGGAGCAAAACUUCCCUGAUGAGGUUGAGACAUUUAGAGAGAGUCGUGCUGCGUCUGCUGCGGAAUUAAAGCGAUUGGCGCAGACACAAAGUGUAUUGCCCAAUGGAGAUUUGAGACCAAAAGCAGAACAUUGAGUGAUAUAUUUCAGAUGCCUUUAUAUUUCUCUUUUUUCCUUUUCUUUUUUGUUGAUUUUAAAUCUUAGGUGAAAACUAUGGUGUACCUUCUAGUUUUAGGAUUUUACCAAUAAGAUGCAUAUUACGUGAAUCAAUUUCCUUUACUUUAUGGUUGAAAUGGGGUAAUAAUUGCAGGAUCCAAAAUAUCAUAAAUAUAUGCUACAAGUCUGAAUACAUAAUUCA